CCCCGCCCCGCUGACACGCAUCUCUGUCCCGCGACCUCCCACGCCUUCAGUCGCAGCUUGUCGGCACACGCGCGAGCCACGCCAUGCUGCUCUAACGCCGCGGGAGAGCGCAUACACACACACGCCAAGUGUUACACGGACCCACGCCAAGAACCGACUUCGCGGGUUACGAAGUCGAAGCGAGAAGGGAACAUCGAAGUCGCCAAGAAAGUGACUUCGAGGCUGACGCAAAGAGAUCGAAGUAGACGCAAGAAACGGGGGGGACACUCAACGCAAGAGGAGACCUCGAAGUUGACGAAAAAAGAGACUUUGAGGCUGACGGAAAGAAGGGCUUCGAAGUAGACCGAAGAAACAGGAGGACACUCGACGCAAGAAAAGACCUCGAAGUUGUAGCAAAAAGAUCGAAGCUGACGCAAAGGAGGGCUUCUAAGUAGAGCAAUCUAGGUUGACGUAAAAGACAUCGAAGUCGCCGGAAGAAAGAAACACUGAACUCGACGAAGAAGAGAGACUUCGAGGAUGAAUCUCCUUCAUCCCGACCGAGGGGCACUAUAUGCCAACAUGCUAGGUAGCAUGGGUAGCAUGGGCACCAUGGGCAGCAUGAGCACCUCUUCAGCAGUGCCCCAACGCUCUCCCUUCGCUAUCCAGGAGCUGCUGGGCCUAGGCUCCUCAGAGGGACAGAGAUCUCCUCCAGGACUGGGCUCACCAACAGGCUUACCACCCUCCAUCACCCCCUCAGCCCUGGGCACGUCUCUGGGCACAUCAGCCUACACAGCCGCCCGCACCCUGGCAUCACAGGCCUCCCAGCUCCUCGAACCCCUGGUCGUGGGCGCGGGGGCGGGUAUGGGCGCCGGUAUGAGGGGGUAUUUCGGGCAAUUCAACCCAUUCGGGCACAGCCCGCCCCAGAUGCUGGCUCUGGACCCAGCCCUCAGACAUGACGCCCACCACGCCCACCACCACGCCCAUGCAGGGUUCAGUUCUGAGUCGCUGCUGGGGAAGCCUGGGGACCCGUCUACUCUCGGUCUAUCGAGGAAGAAGAAAAAGAAAAGAAGACACAGGACCAUCUUCACCUCCUACCAGCUGGAGGAGCUGGAGAAAGCCUUCAAGGAUGCUCACUACCCAGAUGUGUACGCCAGAGAGAUGCUGUCUCUCAAACUCGACCUUCCCGAAGACAGAAUACAAGUGUGGUUCCAGAACCGACGUGCGAAGUGGCGCAAGACUGAGAAGACCUGGGGCAAGAGCACCAUUAUGGCGGAGUACGGGUUGUAUGGUGCCAUGGUGCGGCACUCCUUGCCCCUGCCCGAGGCCAUCGUCAAGUCUGUGGAGUCCGGAGAUGAGUGCCCAGCUCCCUGGCUCCUAGGUAUGGGUCAGAGUCCACUAGGGAUGCAUCGGAAGAGCCUGGAGGCGGCGCAGCAGCUACAGAAGGCGGAGGAAGGUGAUAAAGAUUUGGAAGGUGGCACUAAGACUGACGACGACUCGAGAAACCUUCAUUCAGGGGAGGCCGAGGGUGGAGGAGGAGGUGCUGGAGGUGGAGUGCCUCCUGGAGAUGGCACUGCUGGAGGAGCCAGCGAUGAUGGGGAAGAUGGAGGUGGAGAAUCCAGUGAGGAGGAUGGUGCCAGUGAUGCUGGAUCACCACAGGAUAAGCAUCAUCACACACACCCGGAGGACUUCAGAUCCAGCAGCAUCGCAGCGCUGCGACAGAAGGCGCAGGAACACAGUGCCAGACUCCUGCAGUGUGCCAGUCCCGGCGCCCCCACCCACGCCCAAGCCACCACGCCCACGCCCGCGGACAUGACCCACGCCUACCUCCAGAGCCUCCACCACCACCAACAACAACAACAACAGAGUAUAGCUGGAGCAUCCUCCUCAAUAUCUCCAACAACAGCACCGCCAACACCACCACCACCACCACCACCACCACCACCAACACCUAGGCCGCCUCUACUACACCAAUCACUAUAUUAG